AUGUCACCUCAAAUCCCUAGUGAUCCAUCUAUAAAAAAUAUCGAAAAAUCAAUUUUAGCGCUUACUAAUGACAUUAAUAGAAUGCGAACCGAAACAGAAUGGAAAAGCGAGAUUCGAUCUCAAGGACAAGAAUCCACAAGCCACAGAUCGGAAUACCCCGACGAAACUGAGACUCUCUGGGUAGAAUUUACUGCCUUAUUUGACGAGAGAAGAAAGAGGGAAGGGCGUUCUCCCACGAAAAUGUAUAAUGCCUUAGCUGACGAGAUAGGACUUAGUCCAGCCACACUUGCUAGCUUCUAUCGACAUCAGAGAUCUCCUCAAAGAACUUCGCUGGAUAAAAUUGGAACUUGGGUCGAGAAAGAAGGAAAAAAGAAGGAUACUUACUUUAGUAAUAUAGGAAGUAGUAAUGAAUUCAAUAACGAUAGCUAG